UGGGCUCAUGCCCUCUGGUCCCUGUAUGCGCUAACAAAUACCGCUCCAGACGCUCUACAAGGGGUGCACUCGUUUCAUGACCAUCGUCCCUGACACUCUCUACCCCUCUCAAUAUCGUCUGGAGGCAGCACUGACCCGACGUUGGGCCGAAUUAUGCCUUCUCCCAUGAGUCUUGCGCUCCAGCGCGCCCGGCUUGUUGGGACACAGUUCUUCUACCGCUUUGGCAUCCACUGCGCGACCCAUCAGAUCCGUCUCAUCCUCGUUUCCUCUGUUGUCAUCACCUCGCUUUUGUUCCCUGCUAUCGCCAGCUACUACUCAUCUCAGACCCAAUACUUUGCUGGCUUCACCCUCCGCGUGCUCGACUCCUUCCUCACCCCUGACGACAUCUCCAGCUACUUUGCCCAGCACGACUUGCGGCACCUCUGGGAAGGAGAUGCUGCCUUACGUACGCGAGCCGACUCGGUUGCCCGUGCCAGGUGCGGGAUGGAAGGCAUUUUACGUGAAGAGCGUGUCUUAGUGGGUAGUGUCUCUCCCGAAGAGGGCCUCGGGGCUCUCGAUAAGAACACGCUCCUUGCCACGCUCAAACUCGAACGGCGAAUAUCCGAAGCUUUGUCAUCUCGCAGUAUCUCGUGUCUUCGUUCUCGCGAUGGCUCUUGCUUUGCACUCAGCCCCUCCGCCUUUUGGAACUAUGACGAACAAGCACUAGCAGCCGACGACGACAUCCUCGACACCCUCAAUCUCUCACAGAAUGUCACCAUCUCUGGUCUGCCAAUCACGCCGGACAUGGUAUUGGCAGGGCGCGAGUUACACGAUCCAUCCUCAAAUCAUAUCGAUGCAGCUAUGUUCCUGGUGCUCACGUACUUCUUCCCCGAGAAGGAAUGCUUCGGGAAUGACGGUCAUUUCCUAUGGCUACAUGCGCUUGAAGAUGCCGGCGGGGACGCCGGAGAACUAGUCGUGCUCGCACAGGAACCGCAUUUGAUCGCCUUGGAAUACCGGAAGAAUGCGUCUCUGCGCACUCGGUUUACCAUGCUCUUCGCCUUCACCUCCAUCACAUACACUGCGUUUGGCGUCUACUGUUUUUGGCUGUUCCGCCGGAUGACUAUGGUUCACUCUCGCAUCGGUCUCGCGUUCACCGGUAUAGUCGAAAUUCUUGUCAGUACUAUCACUAGUGUCAGUGUAUGCGCACUGGUUGGCUUCCGGGUGACAAUGGUGCCCUGGGAAUUAUUCCCGAUCAUUGUCGUGUUCAUUGGGGUUGAGAACAUGUAUAGUAUUGUCGACGCCGUAGUCAAGACAUCUAUCACAUUGCCUGUCAAAGAGCGAAUAGCGCAAGGUCUGAGCCGUGCAGGAACGUCGAACACACUCAAGGUUGUCUCGUACAAUGCUUUGCUCGGAGUUCUGGCUGUGUUCUCUACAGGCGCGAUCAGGCAGUUUUGUGCCUUCUCAAUCGUCGUGCUAGUGGCGCACUGGUUCUUGGUGCAUACAUUCUUUGUGACUGUGGUGUCCAUUGACAUCCAGCGUCUCGAGCUCGACGAGCUUCUUCGCCAGGGAAGCAACCUGACACCAAACGUUAUUCAAGACCCGAGAAAGAGCAAUCCUCAAUCGUCCAAGACGAAGUUCGGGUCCACUUGGUCUGCGGUCCGAGAACUUGUGCGUGGCCGACCGGCCAAGAAUAUCAGCUUGUUUAUGUUGUUAGCUAUCACUGCGGCACUGUGGUACACGACAACUCCUCAGGCGGUGGGCCACAAGCCCACGGCGAAACCUACGGCCACUCGUAAUCCUCUAGCUCAAUUGUCCAGGGUGCAGAACAUGACUCCGGAUAGUAUCUCACCCGCUCAACGCGUCUGGCAGAUUUUGAACCCGGUCGGAGAUCCACUCAUCCACAUCCGCAUCGAGUCCCCGACUAUCCUUGUUCUCGGUGAUAGGGCGAACACGGCGGCUCUCGAUGAAAUGACCGCUGAGUCCGACAAGCAUUUCUUCCGUCCACGCGUCUCGCGCUACUGGUCACGCACAGUUCGACCGGUAGUUUGGCUGCUGAAAAUCUUUGUCAUGCCGAUCACGGGGACCACAAUGCUGCUCUAUGGGCUGCUAUUGUACUUGUUGAAAGAUGCUGAGCUGCUGGAAGCUCAACGUCAUGCCGCCGAACCGGAGUCUCCUACCGUGGACGAGCCGCCGAGCGUAGAGGGCGGCAUCUCUUUCACCACGCUACCCCGCGCAUUUGCUACGGACGUGGACCUCAUCGCUGCCAGCGAGGAUGGGAAGACGAUCGCGACAGUAGGUUUAGAGAAUGAGUUCGUCAUUUGGCGGACGGACAGGCAGUCUCAUGUCGUCAUUGACCCCUCGACAUCCGUCUUGGGAAGCUGCGCCAGCACUCCCUCCGCCUCAACCACUCUCACUGCGGUUGCCAUGAACAGCCUAGGGAACAUCUGCGCCGCGGGCACCGGUGCUGGCACGAUUGCCGUCUUCCUCAUUGGCAAGGACCAGAUCAAACCCCUGCCCCACCUCCAUCUCGAGCAUCUGUCCUCAGGUAUCACGGCCCUCCACUUCACAGGUUCGCUCAAGUACGCGUCGGGAGCAGUGACCCCACUGCGACCUGGAACUCCCGGCAUCGACGUGGAGGCUCCCACGGAGCUGACGUGCCACUUAUAUGCAUCGUACGAGAACGGCGCAGUCGUCGAGUGGGACAUCUUGUCCACGAAGAACCCGCGCUACGUUACCCCUUCACGCGCUGCGUCAGUGGUCAAGUCAAUGCUCCUCCCCAUUCAAGCAGAUGGCCGGCUCCUCGUGGGAUUCUCGCUGGAUGAUGGGAUGCUCGAGCUGUGCAAUGUAGAGCGGGACAAUUCGGUUUUCAAGGAGGAGUGCGCUAUCUCGGCAGGCAACCCCGCAGACCUUGUCACGAAGGUGCAUGUGUGCAACGUCGAGCUCGAUGGGACGAAGAGGAUCAUUGUGGGCGCCGCGACUCAGGCGGGCAUCAUCUCGCUAUGGGAUGCGCUGUCGAGGGAGUGCUUGAUCAUACUCGACGAGCCAUUUGGUGACAUCAAUGUCUUGAAGCUGUCUCCAGUCCACACUUCGACGUGCACGACCUGCGGUGAGCUGCCCAUUGAGAACUUCUCGAUUACGUUCUCCGUCGGCCAUGUCGUGCAGUUCUACCGGGCUUAUCUGACGCUUCCCACACGGCGUUGUUCAUGUCCUCGAAAUCUACCUCAGCAGGCACCUCGAUCCAGCCUGCUCGCCCAUCGUGGUAGGAGCGGCAGCAACGCAUCCGUCGCAUCGACAGGAACGAACACGCCUGUCCGUCCCCGCUCGCGCAGGUCUUCCUUUUCCUCUCCUCCCACCAUCUUCCCAGUCUCGGGCCACGGCGUCCAUUCUCGUCGUGCAUCCGAGAAAGACAGCCUCCGUCGCGCGUCAGAGACGUUUUUCCUCAACAACCCCGACUACUUUGAGUACGACAUGCCCCUUGGCCCGCAAGAUGUCAUACCCGCGUCGAGCUUCCUCGCAUCUGCCGCGCAGCCAUCAAUAUGGCAGAGUCUCGUGGUCGUUCGCGUCUCCGACACGACCGUCGAGCGCGGUGGCUGGGACGUCGGGCACGACGACAAGAUCGUCGGCAUCCGCCGCCGCCCACGACCGCCCGUCACUCGCAAGACGGGCUCGGACCCCCGUGUGCAACAGGACCGAUCGGUCGGCCUGACCGCCGCGGCACUCGAUAGAUGGGAGCUGUGGACGUUCGACCCCGCGGAGAGUAAGCUGCAAGCGUCGCCACUCCUCGCGCUCAACCGGGAGCCCCCGCGGAAGCGCAAAUACGAGGCGGACACAAGCACGGGAUCGUUGAGAAUGACGGCUCCGCUCCCGAAGAGGCGCGGAGCUGUGCCGAGGCUGCACUUUACAAGGGUGUCGCCAUUCUUAUGCACUCCAGGCUGUUGUCUGGCGGGUUUCGGGAACACAGUGGGUUUGUUUAGGUUCCACCACCUAACUGUGCGUCGUGGCUCUGGUUCUGGUAGGGGUCCUGGGUCGCCGUCGAAGCCACCGAAGGAAGGCCGGAACGGGAGCGCGAAGGCAGAGUAGGUCCAUUCACCGGGUCUGGACGGCCUCGGAUUCCAGAGCGAGUUGACACGUCCAGUCGACGAAUGUAGCGCAUACAGUAUCUUAAACGGUUUUUGUAUAAUAAUCUCGCUCGUCUCAUAUCUAGGUCUAGACGAUAUUGCUAUCUCAUGAAUCACUGGUUGGUCGUAUUGAUUACUUAUACUCUGGUCCGCUAUGGUGUCUAUGCGGCUAUGUAUGUACACUUGACAUUUGCUUUCCUACCGUGCACGUAUCACUUGCUCCCUGUAUACUACCUUGUAUACAAUAGUAUCGCCUUAUCUCGUAUGGAUACC